AUGCGUGCAGUAGUCUAUGACAAACCAUUCAGUGUUUCCGUGCAGGAAGUUGACAAACCACAAUUACAACAACCAAAUGACAUCAUUGUCAAGAUCACGACUUCGUGUAUUUGUGGCAGUGACCUGCAUAUGUACGAAGGGCGUACUGGUGCAGAACCAGGCAUAGUCUUUGGACACGAAAACAUGGGAAUUGUGGCUGAAGUAGGAGCUGGGGUCCAUACAUUACAGAAGGGGGACCGAGUCGUAAUGCCUUUCAAUGUGGCAUGUGGUCACUGUCUCAACUGUGAAGAACAGCGAUCCGCUUUUUGCACCAAUGUCAAUCCCGGAUUUGUGCGCACUUCUCUCUUGAAAGGGACAUACCCAUACGCGCCUCUCAAAUUGCCUCCUGGAAACGAGCAUGAAGAUGACUUUGCUCUAUUAGCGGAUAUAUUCCCGACGGGUUGGCAUGGUGUAGAACUUUCGGGUUUCCGCCCUGGAGAAUCAGUUGCCGUUUACGGUGCAGGCCCUGUGGGUCUUAUGGCGGCCUACAGUGCCCAGUUACGAGGUGCUUCUGAGGUAUACGUAGUUGACCGUAUCCCCGAACGUCUCGACAAGGCAAAAAGCAUCGGUUGUAUACCUAUCGACUUGUCAACCGGUGACCCAGCUGAACAGAUCAAAGCUCUUCGGAAUGGAAGAGAAGUUGACCGCGGCGUUGACGCCGUUGGAUACCAGGCCGUUGCGGCGGACGGAAAGACGGAGCAACCGAAUGCAGUCCUGGAAGGUCUCAUCGCUGUUGUUCGUCCCACCGGUGGUUUGGGCAUUCCUGGGCUCUAUGUUCCGAAGGAUCCAGGUGCACCCGAUUCUGCUUCUGCGAAGGGCAAACUCUUCGAGAAAGGUCUCUCCGUAGGUACAGGCCAAUGCAACGUCAAGUCAUACAAUCGCUACCUCAGGGACCUAAUCAUAUCUGGACGUGCUAAGCCAUCAUUUGUUGUUUCGCACAAUAUUUCUCUGGACGAAGCUCCAAACGCGUACGAGAAGUUCGACAAGCGUGUGGAGGGAUACACAAAGGUCCUUCUCCACCCUUGA